AUGAAGAUCCACAAGAGUGUUUCAAAAGCUAUGAAACCUGAACCUUGGAACAGAAUACAAACGGAUGGAACGCAUGAUACGGGGGAAGAAACUUCAAGUGCACAACGACGUGCAAGAGCCCCUCCACCACCGCGUUCUGGCAAUGGUGCUCGACAAUCCCGUGUUAACGCUGUACCCUUUCGACCACCUCGCAAUGAAACACGGAUGGCUUCGUCAAGUGACGUUGGGGACGCUCGAGCUCCUGCGACAAAUAGAAAGCAUCCACUGGAUUCACAUGAAGGUGUGGAUGACCAUUCAGAAGAUGAAGACUAUAACCCGGAGGCGGAUGAGAUCGAUUCAUUCGAUGACCAUCUAGACAACAUGUUUGCUGCACAUGAAGUUGAACAUCAAGGCAAUGUAAACCGCAAAAAAAAGGACACUGAUUAUUGGGUUGUUGAUGUCAUAGAAAAUGGUAUGAUCUCUUCUAUGGAGCUGACUGUUAGGGAGGCAUUAGCACUUCAUCCUGGAAAGAAGAUCGUUCUACACCAUAACAGAGAGUUACAACAAGUUGGUCAGGCAGCGGGCUUGUUGAGCGGUUUCUUGGGGACAUUGGGAUCUGAUUUUCAACAAUUACCAAUUUGUGCAAAGAGUUGGAAGACAAUGAGCAAGGCUUCCAAGGAGCAUGCGUAUGACCAGGUUAAGCGAGUCUUCCACUAUGAGGACGAUAAAAGAGGGUGGAUAAAGCGGGGAAUUUUACAAAGAAUAGGAAACUGCUGGAGGAAUUCAAGAAAUCAUUUGUUCCAUAAGGUUUAUGACGAAGAACUAACUUUUGAGCAAAAUAUCAAGCGUAAGCCACCAGGAAUAGAGGCAAAUCACUGGAAAAAGUUUCUUCAAUAUCGAUUGGACGAUGACACGAAGGAUAAGUGUAGAAAAAAUGCCGUUAAUCAUUCAAAGCAACAAUACACACAUACCGGAGGUUCUAAAAUGAUGGCAAGAAAGAGACACAAAGAAGAAGCAAUUGAACUUGUUGAGAGCCAAGACCCCUCUAGCAAGGAAUUUUCACAGAAUGAUUCCCUUGCACAAGUGCUUGGAAAGGAGCACCCAGGAAGAGUUCGUGGACUCGGUAUUGGUACAUGUCCGAGUCGGUGUUUUCGUAACAUUCCAGAGCAGUCGGACUACGGUGUACAGAUUGAGGAGUAUCAGAUGGAGAUUGUGAAACUCAAGGCGGAGGCAGCAGAACUCAAGGCGGAGGCAGCAGAACUCAGGGCAGCAGCAGUAGCAGCAGAGGCAAAGAGACAGAGAAUGGAGACAGAGGCAGCUGAAGGGAAGGCAAAAAUACAGACAAUAGGAGAUUUGUUGACAUACGUAAUCCAGCAACAAGGAGGUAAUUUGCCACCUGAAAUAGCUGUGGGUUUGGAUUAUUUGAGAAGUGCACCAACCUCAUCCCAUGCAAGAUGA